GCAAAUCCCUUUCCUCCCCAAAUCUUAGCUAAUGGCAGAAAAGGGAGGAAAAUUGAAAGCCAAAGAUUGGACCAGCAAGGAACAAAGGAUGGAGAGAAAGCGAAGUCUGCGGAUCUUUGCAGCAAUGAUUACACUAUGUAACACAAUUUUUGUUCCUGGAUUAUACAUGUCAUUUCCUAAUUGGUUCUAGACAUGGAAAAAGUGUAUUAAACUGCAAAAACCUAGAACAUUUUGCUUUAGUUUUUCAAUUAAUAUCUCAUCGAGUCUCAACCAAUUCAACACAGUUUGUGGAAACCACAAAAAGCGAAGCUUCUGGAGUACAACUACUUUCAAAAGGCUGCAUUUCCUUUGCUCUGAGAAUGGCUCUUCCCAAGAAGCUGUUUUCAAGAGAUAGUGCAAAAGAAAGUGGGUAUUUUAGUCCCAUUGUUCAAUUGGGUGUCUGGUCUAGAAUGGAAUGGCCUCCCUCAGCCUCAGGUGACACCCCAGAAACCUGUCUCCCUGUGAAGGAAGAACAGACAGACAUCUGUACAGACAUCGAGGUGGACUAUGUCACCCUGCUCAAGGACAGAGAAGAAAGCAGCAGACAGAGCUUUCGUUCAGAUACCGUUCCUUUGGAAGAAACCCCCCGACAGACUCUAUUCCGGCUAACGGAAGCAGCCCACUGGUGGUUACAACCUGAGAACCGGACCAAGGGGGAGAUUGUGGACAUGGUGGUCUUGGAGCAAUUUCUACACGUGCUUCCUUUGGGAAUGCAGUCCUGGGUGAGAGCCAGGAAACCAAGCAGCAGUGAGGAGGCAGCUCAGCUGGCACAGACCUACCUGGGACACCAGUGGCCCGUGGCGUUUCAGGAUAUGGCUGUAUAUUUCACACGAGAGGAGUGGGAGCUUUUGGAGGAGGAUCAAAGAGCUUUAUAUUACAGUGUGAUGCAGGAGAAUUCUGAGAAUGUGGCCUCAUUGGAAUCACAACUUCCAGAACAAGAGAACCAGAGCGACUGGGAAUAUGACAUUGUGAUCCAGAUGGGGCAAGAAGAAAAUAUUAUGGAAUCAAAGGAGGAAGAGAACCCAGAGGAUUUUUCUGCGGGUCAUUUUUUGGAAAGUAUGGAGGUGAAGAAGAAGCCUCAGAAAGAAGAAGUUACAGCUGAGCCUAUACAAGAGAAGCAAUGUUGGAAUGGCUUCUUUGAUCCCAACUUGAACAAAACCACUGAGAUCAAAUCUGUAAGACAAACAGAGCUCUUGCUACCAGAGCAGACACAAGACUGUGCAGUUCCUGGAAGCAUGAAAAGAAUGGAAAUCUCCAUGUCAAAAAGAAAUUACACCUGCUCUGAGUGUGGGAAAAGUUUUGAUCGAAGUUCAAACCUCAUUAAACACCGGCGGACCCACAAUGGAGAGAAGCCAUAUCCAUGUGCUGAAUGUGGGAAGUGCUUUGACCAACAAUCCAACUUGAAUGUUCAUUUGCGAGUCCACACAGGAGAGAAACCAUACGUCUGUCCAGAUUGUGGCAAGAGAUUUAGCAUUAAAUCUCACUUGCAUGGACACUAUAGGACCCACACUGGAGAGAAGCCCUAUGAAUGUGGGAACUGUGGGAAGCAAUUCCGUGUGAAAUCUUGCUUGAAUAAACAUCAAAGGAUCCACGCAGAGGAGACUGAGCUGUCCAAAGUAUUUGAGAUCCAAGCGGUUGAACUUCAGGCAAGAAUACCAGUCGUGACACAGGAAUAUGUAGCACCCCAAAAAGGAAACUGCAUUAAAAUUAACAGAGAUAUGUCCCAAACGGAAAUCCUUAAGUCAGAAAGGAAUUACAUUUGUUCUGAGUGUGGCAAACGUUUUGAUCGGCGUUCAAACCUAGUUAAACACUACCGGAUCCACACUGGAGAGAAGCCAUAUUCAUGUGCCGAAUGUGGGAAACGCUUUGACCAGCAGUCCAACCUCAACGUCCAUUUCCGAGUCCAUACAGGAGAGAAGCCAUAUGGCUGCCCAGAUUGUGGGAAAAGAUUCAGCAUAAAAUCUCAUUUACAUGGACACUACAGGAUCCACACAGGAGAGAAACCCUAUGAAUGUGGGGGCUGUGGGAAAAGAUUCCGCGUGAAGUCUUGUCUGAAUAAGCACCAGAGGAUCCACGCAGGGGAAAAAUCCUAUAAAUGCCUUGUCUGUGAGAAAACGUUCACCUGUAGUUCCCACCUUAUUAAACACCGCGUGGCUCACUCGGGAGAGAAAAACUACAUGUGCUCUGAUUGUGGGAAGAAGGUUUUCAACAACUCCGAUCUUCACAAAGGUGACAGAAUCCGUACUCGAGACCCUUUGUGUCGGCCCCUUCUCUGAGAAAAGAGUCCAUCAUGUUUCUCGGGGAAACUAACAUAAAGGAAGCCAUAUGGAAAAAGUCCUUAUGGAUGCCUUGAUAGCAGAAAAAGUUUUAGAGAGGACUCUGAGCAGAACAUAUACCACAAAAUCCACACGAUGUGGCAUACCAGUGAUGUAUUUUGUCAUUGUAAGGAUGCAGAUAUCCACAUUCAAAGCAGCUUUGGUACCUGUGGAAAGGAAAUAUAGAAAAUAAAUAAAUCAAAAUGCCCCAUUCAUAUUGCCUCUCUUGCUAUUACUAUUUUGUAUCAAGGCCUCUGCAAAAUGACCCCCAACUUAUUUAAGGGUUUUUGCAAAUAUCAUAAUUUUGGCCCCAAAACCUGCCCUCGACCUAUACAUGAGGUUAACUUAUACAUGAGUUAAUACAGUAUUUAUCCUUAACAUUUUAAGGUUGCCUAUAAGUGCUUCCAAUAAGAGACUUGCAUAAGAAAAGUCUUUAGGUCUUCAUAUACUACAGAAAAUCCAGAAAAAAAUGGCGACUACUAUCAAGAAAUCAGAUGAAAACCAGGACUUGGAAAGGCACCUAUGAAGGAACUAAAUUAGAUCAUGAAAUCUAAAUAUAUACCAUUAAAUACUAAAAUUAAGAUUGUCCAGGCCAUAAUAUUUCCAAUUUCUGUGCAUAGCUAUGAAUACUGGACAGUAUCAGAAAAGAAGAUAAUCAACUGAGUUGAAAUGUGCUAGAGAAAAGUUCUACAAAUAUGGUGGAUGCCUAGGAUAUCUAAACCACACAACCUCUGAGGAUGCUUGCCACAAAAGCAGGCAAAACGUCAGGAGAGAAUGCUUCCAGAACAUUGCCAUACAGCCUGAAAAACCUAUAACAACCCAGUGAUUCCAGCCAUGAAAGCCUUCGACAAUACAUUAAACUGAGACUGUUGUACUUUG